AUGCUUCGUUUCGUACAUCGUCAAUUACUGCCAUUGAAUUUCAUCACGAUCCAUUGGCUUUACUUCCUCUGUACCUGCAUCUUAAGCGCGGUCAUAUUCUGGGGUGCUUCAACCCCUGCAAAAAGUGUCCACUUUACGGAUGCUCUCUUCCUGGUCGUGAGCGCCAUGACAUUGGCCGGUCUGAACACAGUCAAUCUCUCAACACUCAACACGUUCCAGCAAGUAAUGCUCUUUCUCCUGAUAUUCAUGGGUUCGGCAAUUUUCGUUUCUGCAUUUGUAGUUCAAGUUCGAAAGGCUGCAUUUGAGAAGCGAUUUCAAGAUAUCGUCAACGACAAGAAGAAGAAGCCGUCCCAUGUGAGGGUCGGUAAUGAUUCACAAACGCAUGGAGUUCCACAUGAAUUGCAACAGGAACAUGCCCAGCCAUCGACAGCUUCAGGCCCCUUGGCUGGUACAGGAAAUUCCGCCAAUGAUCAUAAGACAUAUAGAGACGAGCGCUCUGCCCGUCCGCUAUCGUCUGCCGAGGAUGACGUGAGAAGUACAGCCGCCAUGUCGCUCGCGGUCAGCUUCAGCCCAGAGCUCAAUCUUGAUAAAGUCAAGUCUCGUCGUAGUAACUAUCGAGACAACGAAAGUGUGUUCAGCAUGCAAGGUGUCGGCGCCCGACCCACGGCAAGUCUGGACGUAAUUCAGACGGCCCGAUCUGAUGAGCCGGAUGCUCUUCGAGAAAGUAGACAUUCUUUGUCUUCAGAGAAGGACGAUCGAGAUUCACAACAACGCUUUGGAUUCAGUAAUGCAUGGAUCGGAAGGAACAGCCAAUUCCAUGGAUUGACGGAAGUUGAGCGCGAGCAAUUAGGCGGCUAUGAAUAUCGUGCUGUGCAAUUCUUAGCAUGGCUCGUCCCUGCUUACCUUGUGCUUUUUCAACUGCUUGGUUGCUUGGGCUGUGCAAGUUGGAUUGCAUACAAUCAGCCAGACACUGCUCGAAGCAAUGGCCUUGACCCGUGGUGGGUGGGCGCGUUCAACGCAGUUUCCGCAUUCAACAAUUCGGGCAUGAGCUUACUCGACGCCAAUAUGGUUGCGUUUCAGAAAUCGAUCUACCUCCAGAUGACCAUGGGCUUCCUGAUCCUUGCAGGCAAUACCGCAUAUCCCCUGCUACUGCGCCUGUUUGUUUGGUGCAUGUAUCGAAUCGUCCUGAAAUUGGGCAAGACUUCCCCUGCCUGGUCAAAACGAGCCGAGACCUUGAGAUUUCUACUAGACCAUCCACGGCGAUGCUACACAAAUCUUUUCCCUGCUCAACAUACAUGGUGGCUCCUGCUCUCAGUCGUCACCCUGAAUGGAGUUGACUGGGCUGCAUUCGAGAUCCUCAACAUAGGGAACGACACCAUCUAUACAGAAGUCCCCUCCACCGGAAUUCGCGUCAUGAACGGACUAUUCCAAGCUUUUGCCGUGCGAAGCGGAGGAUUCUAUGUCGUGAUAAUUGCGAAACUACGGAUCAGUUUGCAGGUCCUGUACGUUGUCAUGAUGUAUAUCUCCGUCUAUCCCGUCGUAAUUACGAUGAGGAAUUCAAACGUCUACGAGGAACGGUCACUUGGGAUAUACGCCGAAGACGAAGCAGAGCGACGCAAGACCCGAUCUUCUUCGCGAGGUCUGGGGUUCGUCCGGACCUUGACUGACCACUUGGUGCCUGAGCUCAACGAUGGCAAACAGUCCAAUGGGCAGUUCGUUCGACAACAACUACGCGCUCAGCUUGCGCACGAUGCCUGGACGAUCGUGCUCGCACUGUUCCUCAUCAUGAUCAUCGAAGGAUCCCGAUUCUCCGAAGACCCUGCAGUAUUCAGCGUGUUCAAUUUCCUAUUCGAGAUUGUGUCUGCUUAUGGAUGCGUCGGAAUUUCAGUUGGUAUCCCGACGGCUGAUUACAGCUUUUCCGGAUCGUGGCAUGUUCUGAGCAAGUUGAUUUUGUGCGUGGUCAUGCUUAGAGGUCGCCAUCGAGGGUUACCGGUUGCUAUCGAUCAAGCGGUGCUUUUGCCAGGAGACCGUAAUGCAGAAGCUGAGGAGGACGAUGGCCGGAUACGGCGCGCAAGGUCGGCCAGUAGAGGUGCUCGCAACGAAAUCGCAUAG